GCAAUGUCCUGCUACGACCUCUGUGUGCCCUCCUCCUGCGGUCCCAGGCCACUGGCCACCAGCUGCAACCAGCCCUGCUACCGCCGCUGCGGGGACUCCACUGCCGUCAUCCAGCCCCCCACUGUCGUGGUCACCCUGCCCGGGCCCAUUCUCAGCUCCUACCCUCAAAACACCACGGUGGGAUCCACAGCGUCGGCGGCGGUCGGGAGCUACCUGAGGUGCUGCGGGGUGCCCGUGUCCUCCGGCUGUCCCCGAGGGGUGGGGAAGGGGGGGCUGCUGUGCCUGGGCAGUGGGCUCUGA